AUGAUCAUCAGCUGCUUUCUUUUCUUUUGGGUGCCGGCUUCCUUUGUGCAGGACUUGCUCCGCAACCGGAAAAUCGUAUAAUUAAUGGAAGGAACAUGGACAUAGAAGAGGCUCCAUGGCAGGUGUCCUUGCAGUUUCGAGAAAAACAUUAUUGUGGUGGUUCUAUAUACAGCGAAAAGAUCAUUAUAACUGCUGCCCACUGUUUUUAUGAAAAGAACACAUAUAUAAAUACUAUUAAAUAUCGUUUCAUAUUACCAGAAGAAUUUCUAAUAGUUGCUGGAUCGCCUUCCAUAAAAUCUCGAAAAAAUCUUUUCACGGUGUCGGCUAUAAGGCACUUCGAGGGUUUCAAAAGAGAUUUAAAUAAGAACACAAUGGACAUUGGUAUCAUGAAAUUAAAGGAGACACUUACAUUUAGCAACCAAAUAAGGCCGAUUCCUUUGGCUAAAAUUAAUCCAGCUCCUGGAUCAGAGGCUUUAUCAACUGGCUGGGGACGCACAAAAAGUCCGAAGUUUGGAGAUGUACGCCCAGAAAUUCUGCAAGGCAUUUACAUUUCUAUUGGAAUCUUUGACGACUGUAGAAAAUCUAUGAAUUGGAUGACAAACGAUACAUUUUGCGCUGGAAAGCCAGGAUUGUUGGCAUGCAAGGGGGACUCCGGCGGCCCUUUAGUUUUUAACAAUACAUUAGUUGGAGUUGUCUCUGGAGGUACAUCGGAUUGUGUUGGUGCUGGAAUCUAUACCAGUGUGGCCCACUAUCACGUAUGGCUUUUAAAUGCCAUUAAAUCUAUCUUGCAAACUUAAAAAUUUAAACAAUAAAAUUAUU